AUGGGUCUGGGAUCUGCAGCAUCCGCAGCUAUAGGUGGAGCAAUGCUUACGCUACAAGCAGGUAUGGUAAGUGCUGGCGUUGUUGCUAUACCUGUUUCCCUUACUGCUUUACUGGCUAUAUGGGCUUAUGUAUAUUACAGACCUAAAGUUCAUACCUGCCUUCGUCAGCAACGCAAGAAGUUACCUUUUCCUCCCGAAUCUGACUAA